CCCGUCUCCAUCCCGUACACGACGGCCGCCUCUCAAUUCCUCUACGGCUCUAACGUCAUUUUCGCGGCGCUACGCGCUCGCCGGCGCAAACUUUACCACCUCUACCUGCACCCACGCUUCGAGGGACGAAGUGACACAGACAAGCACGACACGGUCAUCGCCGCGGCCAAGCGAGCCGGUAUUCCAGUCCAAAAGCACACCGAUCUCGCGCUUAUGGACAAGAUGUCCGGGUCCCGGCCGCACAAUGGCGCCGUACUUGAGGCGUCGAAAUUGCCGGCACCGCCUGUACUUGCGUUGGGCAAGGUCGAGGGUGGCAGGGUUGCGCUGGAGCUUGAGAGGCAAAGCAGAGAGGAAAGUGAGGUUAAUGGCUCUCCCGAAGCGUUUGAGGUUUUAAAGCGGACUUGGAGGCAGCCGUUCCUGCUGUUUCUGGAUGGCAUCCUCGAUCCAGGGAAUCUGGGCGGGAUACUACGAUCGGCACACUUCUUCGGCGUGGACGCUGUGGCCGUUGCGACGAACACCUGCGCGACCCUCGAUAGUGCUGUCGUUGCCAAGGCUUCCUCGGGAGCCUGCGAAGCUUUGCGCCUCUUCUCAAUACCGAAGCCGAGCGCUUUCAUCCAUGAUUCGAGGGAGGCAGGGUGGAAAAUCCAUGCUGCCGUUGCGCCCGACGCUGGAAACGGUAGAAGGCAGAUCAUGAGCGCAGAGAUUGCUACGAAGAGUCCGUUGGCGGAGCAUCCGGUUAUUUUGAUGCUGGGCGCGGAAGGCGCCGGUUUACGAGCGAAUCUGGUCAAGCAUGCGGAUAAGCUGGUCAGCAUCCAGCAAGGUGAGAGGGCUGGUAACAUGCCGGACGUGGGAUUGGAUAGUCUUAAUGUAGGUGUGGCCGCUGGCGUGCUCAUAGAAGCUUUCCUGCGGAAGCCCGUAGGUGCGCAGAGUCGAGCGAGUGAGGAAAGGACAGCUGAUACCGGCGACCUGGGAUUCUGA